AAUGGUGUAACUGAUUUGUGAAUCAAGAUUCAAGCACAGAUUAUAUUCAGCAAAAUUAAAAUUAAAAUAAUAUUUAAUAAAAUCUGAGAUUCAAGAUUCCAAUCUUUCCAGAAGGCCGAGGCACUUGGCAGAAAGCCGAAAGAAAUAACCCAGUAACAGGGCGAUUUAAUUAAAAUUAAAAUUUUUAAUGAUUUUUUUAAUUAGGUAUAUAUUUUAAAAUUACAAAGUGGUAUUAGAAUUUCCGUUUUUGUUAUUUAAAUUAAAGUUCAAUUUAUUGCGAUAUUUUUAAAUUUGAUAUUGUAACAUUUUAAGCAUGUUAAGUCUUGGUAAAUGUUUUUGUGGUAUAGGCACAAAGAUGAGUCCUAAUUUUUCAAUUGGAAAAAGGUUGCUAUUAAGAUCCAAACAGCUAUCCAUCACUCGUCAACCAUCCAUCCACAAUACAUCAAUAUCAUCAAAUUUAAAUUUGAAUGUGUGGAAAAAAUCUUUUAGUAACGUUCAAAAAGUAGAAACUGAUCCAAAAUAUGUCGGUUAUUGGUUUCUUGGUUGCAGUGGGAUGGUUUUUGUAGCUGUUGCCUUGGGCGGAAUAACCAGGCUGACAGAAUCAGGACUAUCUAUGGUUAGUUGGAAACUUUUAGGUGAAAAAUUACCUACUACUCAGACUCAGUGGUUGGAAGAAUUCAAUAAAUAUCAACAAUAUCCUGAAUUCAAAAUGAAAAAUUCUACUAUGACUAUAGAAGAGUUCAAAUGGAUAUGGUGGAUGGAGUAUGCACAUAGGACUUGGGGUCGAUGUAUAGGUGCUGCAUUUUUGAUUCCUAUGACGGGCUUCUGGCUAACUCGUAAAUUUAGCCGUACUACUAAAAUUCAUUCUAUGAUUUGUGCUACAUUGUUAGCAGGACAAGGUUUGAUGGGAUGGUAUAUGGUUAAAUCUGGUCUAGAAGAUAGAUUUGACAAGCCCACAGAUGUUCCAAGAGUAUCACAGUAUAGAUUGGCUUCCCAUCUGGGUUUAGCAUUUGUGUUGUAUUCAUUUCUUUUAACAAACUCAUUACGCAUUCUCCUACCAGUUACAGUAACUGGAUGUGUUACAAAAAAGUUUGUGGGACUGGCAAUGGCAGCUAAGGGCUUAGUUUUUUUAACCGCUAUGUCUGGUGCAUUUGUGGCCGGAUUAGAUGCUGGAUUAGUUUACAAUUCUUUUCCAAAAAUGGGUGACAAAUGGAUACCAGAUGAUAUAUUGCAAAUAGAUCCUGUACUUAGCAACAUAACGGAGAAUCCUACCACAGUGCAAUUUGACCAUAGAAUAUUGGGAAUAAGUACCGUUUCAAUUCUGUCAGCUUUAUAUGUUAUGUCUCGAAAAAGUAAGCUGCCUCCAAGAGCUAAAGCUGCUGCUACUGCUUUAGCAGCUUUUUCAUGGUGCCAAAUGGGAUUAGGAAUUUCUACACUUCUUACUUAUGUUCCUGUUUCACUAGCUGCUGCUCAUCAGUCAGGCUCACUUACAUUACUUUCACUUGCUCUAUGGCUUGUACAUGAACUCAAAAAAUUACCUAAAGUUUAAAUUAUUAGAUUAAGUUUAGUGUAAUUUAAGAUUAUAAUAAAUAAAGUAAGUAUUCAUAAAUGAUAAAAUUAUUGUUUUUAUUCAAUUAUUUAACACUUAUCAGUUAUCAGUAUCUAUAGUAUUUGCUUUAAAUCAAACCUUAUACUUAUAGACGGAACAUAGUAGUUACACAUGUUGAUGAUGUGCCUUGUCCCACGAAGCACUGAAGCAUACUGCAAAUGCACAUUAGCGAUUCAUUCAUAAGUUAAUACACGAUUGCUGUUAUCAUUACGUCUACUUUUUAAUAUUAACACUAAUUCUGUGCUAAUUCUCUUUACUGUACCACUUUACCCUGCCAAUCCAGUAUCUUCUGUCUAUUAGUAUUCAUCGUAAGGUUUAUGUUUCAAACAUAAUUAUGUUUGUGUAUAGAAAUAUAAUUGUUUUAUAUUACUUAAUUUUCAAAAGUGGUAUGCAUAAUGUACUUAUUCCUUUUUUUAAAGAUUGAAAAUGUUUGUGUAAAAGCAAAUAGGAAUAUAGGGGGAAGAAUCUAUUAUUUGAGAAUUUGGAAAUGUGCAAGUUUUUAUACAUAGAUCCUAUGUUAUUUGUUAAGAUUUGAUAAAAUUAAGUUGAUUAAAAAAUAACAAAAUAAGUAGUGGUCAAACAAUUGU